AUGAUGGCGAGUUAUAAACUAGUAUAUUUUAACGUAAUGGGACUCGGAGAACCCAUCAGAUUUCUUCUCAGCUACGGGGGCGUUGAAUUCCAGGAUAUUCGCAUAAACCAUUCGUCGGAAGAGUGGUUCAACAUGAAGUCAACGACCCCAUUCGGUCAGCUGCCCACGUUGGAAAUCAACGGCAAAGUUUACUCGCAAACACUACCUAUUUGCCGCUACCUGGCCAAACAGUUUAAUCUGCUCGGCAAAACUGAUUUGGAUACGUUGCAGAUUGACGCGAUCGCUAGCGCUCUUUACGAUUUCAGAUGGCUGACAAUAUCGUCUUAUUAUAGAGAGUCUGAUCCAGUUUUGAAAGCCAAAAAGAAAAUCGACGUAAUGUCAAGAGUGUUUCCGUUUUACCUGAAUAAACUGGAAGAUCUGGCAAAAAAUAACGACGGAUAUUUGCAUGGCAAUCAGUUGAGCUAUGCCGAUCUGUUCUUUGUCGGUAUAUCAGAUUCCUUAAAUACGGCUUAUGAAUCCGAUAUAACCAAAGAUAAACCGCAUUUGAAGUCUCUGAAGGAAAAGGUUCUGGCGAUUCCGAAUAUAAAAGCCUGGGUGGAGAAAAGACCAAAGUUGGAGUUUUAAUGAUAGAUACGUGUUGUUGAAGUUUGUACGACGAAUGGUGUAAAAUUGUGCAUGUGUAUCCUACAAAUAUAGUAACAUUAAAAUUCAGUCAUUAGAAUUGCA